AUGCCUCCUAAGAGAAAGGCGGCUGAUGGCGGGCGUGGAGGAAGAGCUUCCAAACGUGGCACCCCGGCUGCUGGCUCAACUCCACGGAGCGUCCUCAGCGACGAUGAUUAUACAGAUUCCGGAGUACAAGAGUCUGAUGGAGAUGGUGACCAUGCAAACAGGCCACUCUGGAUCGAACCCUUGAAGGGAACGAUUACUCUAGAGAGUUUCUCGCCCCUCGCCUCCCAAGCGCAAGAUUUUCUUACCACGAUCGCGGAGCCUCUUUCCCGUCCUACGCAUCUUCAUGAAUAUAGAUUGACGGGGAACAGCCUUUAUGCGGCUGUUUCCGUAGGGCUAUUACCAGCGGAUAUUAUCAACUUUCUGGAUCGACUGUCGAAGACACCGCUCCCGGAAACAAUUAAGCAGUUCAUCGUGAAUUUUACAAAAUCCUAUGGCAAAAUUAAAGUUGUUUUGAAACAUAACCGAUUCUAUGUUGAGAGUUCUGAUCCAACUAUGCUACAAAUGCUUUUACAGGACAAAGUUAUCGGGUCGCAGAGGCUGGAAAAUUCCGAAGGGAUUAUACAACAAGCUGCACCGAAACUGGGCGGCUUAGUAAUUCCCGGAACAAAAGAUGCCGCUGGCGUGAAGCAGAAUCCUGACCAAGCACCUGCUGAAAAUGGGGAUGGAACAGGCGCUCCACCGAAAACUGAUGAUAUCCUUGUUUCGUUGAGAGAAGAGGACGAUGAUGAUGAUGACCAGGCCCAGGUUCAUAGCUUUGAGAUUCCUAACACAAGUGUGGAGGCGGUAAAGGCCCGUUGCCAGACCAUGGGUUGCCCAGCGUUAGAAGAGUAUGACUUUCGCAAUGACGAGAUUAACCCGACUUUGGAUAUUGAUCUCAAGCCAAGUGCCCAAAUCCGAAGCUACCAAGAAAAAAGCUUGAGUAAGAUGUUCGGAAACGGUCGAGCCAAGAGCGGAAUUAUCGUUUUGCCCUGUGGAGCAGGCAAGACUUUGGUUGGAAUUACAGCUGCUUGCACAAUCAAGAAAGGGACCAUCGUUCUCUGCACGAGUUCCAUGUCUGUGGUUCAAUGGCGCAAUGAGUUUUUACGAUGGUCGAACAUUGACCCUAAUGAUAUCGCUAUUUUUACUUCAGACAAUAAGGAACGAUUCAGGAGGAGCACCGGUAUCAUCGUGUCGACAUAUUCCAUGGUCUCACAGACUCGCGCGCGAUCGCAUGAUGCCGAGAAGAUGAUGGACUGGAUGCAAUCCCGUGAAUGGGGUUUGAUGAUCCUGGACGAAGUCCACGUCGUUCCAGCAUCCAUGUUCCGGAAGGUUACGUCCGCGAUUGCAACGCAGACGAAACUUGGCUUGACAGCCACAUUACUCCGAGAGGACGACAAAAUCAAGGAUCUUAACUUCCUUAUUGGCCCUAAACUCUAUGAAGCCAACUGGAUGGAGCUUGCCGAACAAGGACACAUUGCAAAGGUCCAGUGCGCAGAGGUCUGGUGUCCAAUGACGACAGAGUUCUACACUGAAUACAUGCGUGAAAAGUCGAGGAAGGCUGCUCUCCUAUACAUCAUGAACCCAAGGAAAUUUCAGGCGUGCCAGUAUCUGAUUAAAUUUCACGAGGACCGUGGUGAUAAGAUCAUUGUCUUUUCUGAUAAUGUCUACGCUCUGGAACGGUAUGCCUUGAAGCUGAACAAGGCGUACAUUUAUGGAGGGACGCCGCAAAACGAGCGCCUCCGGAUUUUGGAAAACUUCCAACACAACGACCAAGUGAACACAAUCUUCCUUUCAAAAAUCGGUGACACUUCUUUAGAUCUUCCUGAGGCGACUUGCCUGAUCCAGAUCUCAUCUCACUAUGGUUCACGGCGUCAAGAAGCUCAGAGAUUAGGACGCAUUCUCCGGGCUAAACGCAGAAAUGACGAAGGCUUCAAUGCUUUCUUUUAUUCUUUGGUCUCAAAGGAUACGGAUGAAAUGUUUUAUUCAUCCAAGCGUCAGGCUUUCCUGGUAGAUCAAGGCUACGCCUUCAAAGUCAUCACUCAUCUUCAAGAUAUUGAGAAGAUGGACGGCCUCGCGUAUUCCACUGCUGCCGAGCGUCGUGAGCUUUUACAAGAGGUUAUGCUGCAAAAUGAGACAUCUGCUGCCGUUGAAGAAGUAGUGGACGACUUGUUCAGCGAACGCUCCGGCGGGCCGAGGGCUAAAGCUGCGAAGAAGGCUGCUGUGAAGCGCAGUGCCGCCACGCUAAGUGGGCUUGCUGGUGGCGAAGACAUGGCUUAUAUUGAGACUAAUAAGAGCAGAAAUAAACAGCUGAAAGAGAAGGUAAGCCACCAUCCGCUAUUCCGAAAAUUCGAAAGAGAAAAGCAAAAGCGGAAAAAGUUAUUGCAAGAGGGCCAUUAG